AUGAGAAACUUCACUCCGCGCUGUGUGCUGCGGAGAUUUGCCCGAGUCGCCACUCGUUCAGAAUUUUUGAUCUACGGUGCCAACACCGACGUUGGCAAAACCGUGGUGAGCGCCGCCCUGUGCCACUUUGCGGCCACUCUGGGGCGCCCCGUGACCUAUGUGAAGCCAGUGCAAACGGGGGAAGAUACCGAUGCGGCGGCUUUGAAGCGACACGUGCCGGAAGGGCAGUUGAAGACGGUGACCUUGUUCCACUAUCCAUCGCCGGAGUCGCCGGCCAGUGCUGCGGAGAAGGCUGGAAUGAAACCUCCAGAGGAUACGGAGUUCCGCGCUGCAGUGGUGCAAACUUUGGCGCGGGCGCGCCAGGACUCUACGGAGGGAAUAUCUGUGGUUGAAACCGCCGGAGGGCCUUUGAGCCCUGGUCCAAACCACACCUUCCAAGCUGACAUCUACGCGCCCUUGGGGCUCCCCUGUGUGUUGGUGGGUGACCCCAAACUCGGUGGCAUUUCAUCCACCAUUUGCGCCUAUGAAGCUCUCAAGGCGCGCAACCAGCCACCCCACGUCAUCCUCUUCCUAGACCUGGGCGACUUCGCCCACAGCAACGCCGUGGCCGUGCGCCGCGCGCUGCACGGCCACGGUGCCACGGUGCUGGCGCUGCCCGGAGCGCUGCCGCCGCCGCAGGAGCCGCUGACGGCGUGGCUGGCGACCAAGGAGGUGGCGGAAGCCAUGAAGGAGGUGAUGCCGGAGGACAGGACGGUGGAGUCAUAUCUGACCAUCGAUCAGCAGCACCUGUGGCAUCCCUACACCUCCAUGGUGCAGCCUACGCGCGUGUGGCCCGUGCGCUCCGCACAGGGCUGUCGUUUGCAUCUGGAAGAUGGGAGGCGCCUGGUGGACGGAAUGGCCUCCUGGUGGUGCGCCAUCCAUGGCUACAACGUGCCGGAGCUCAAUGCGGCGGCAACCAGACAAUUGGCGCAAAUGAGCCAUGUGAUGUUUGGCGGCCUCACGCACCGUCCCGCCACUCAGCUGGCAGAACUCUUGGUGAAGGCGGCGCCUGAGGGACUCACAAAGGUGUUUCUCUGUGACUCCGGCAGUGUGAGCGUUGAAGUGGCCAUAAAGAUGUCGUUGCAGUAUUGGGCCAUGAAGGGCCAGCCCUCCAAGACCCGGUUGGCCACCGUGCAGUGUGGCUACCACGGGGAUACCUUUGGAGCCAUGGCAGUCUGUGAUCCCAUCCGUGGGAUGCACAGCUUGUUCCAAGGCACCUUGGCGAAGCAGCUCUUCGCGGAGCCACCGGUCCUAUGUGCUGACUGGAGCGGGAAAGCUCCAGAGAACGAUGGUUUUUCCAGCAUGGAAGACUUGUUGCGCACGCAUCACACCUCGCUGGCUGCGGUGAUCAUUGAACCGGUGGUUCAAGGUGCUGGUGGCGUGCGCAUCUACCAUCCGGACUAUCUCCGCAAGCUGCGACGGCUCUGUGAUGAACUGGAUGUGCUGCUGAUUUUCGAUGAGAUAGCCACGGGCUUUGGGCGCACUGGAAAGCUCUUCGCCGCUGAGUGGGCGCAAGUCGUGCCGGACAUCAUGUGCAUCGGCAAGGCGCUCACAGGUGGUUACUGCACCUUGGGCGCCACCCUGGCCACCCAGAAAGUAGGCCAUGGCGUGAGCGGUGAUGGGACACAGCCCUUGAUGCAUGGACCCACCUUCAUGGGAAACCCAUUGGCGUGUUCCAUUGCAGCAGCCAGUAUCCAAUUGCUGCUCAGCAGCCCCUGGGAGAGUCGCGUGAAGAAGAUUGAGGAGCAGCUACGUCGGGAGCUGUCUCCUUUGGUUGCUUACCCUGAGGUCAAAGAUGUACGAGCCCUUGGUGCCAUCGGCGUGGUGGAGUUGCACGCGCCACCCAAAGAACCGCAGAAACUGCAGGCCGCCUUUGUGGAACAAGGGGUUUGGCUGCGCCCCUUUGGGCAGACGAUCUACACCAUGCCCCCGUUCGUCAUUUCCGACGACGAGCUCGGAGAAAUCUGUGCGGCCAUUCGGAAGGUCCUUGACUCCGGCAUCCAGCUGGCAGAUUGA